AUGGAUCUUGCUCCUCAUAUGGCGAAAGUUCACAUGGUAGUCAACAAGAUCUGGAGAUAUGGAGAGUUAGCUUCAUCGGUGGAUGUAUUUGAGGUCAAUGCUACGACGAUGAGAUUUCGGAUCUCAAAUUCUAAGGCUCGAGAGAAGGUGCUUAAGAGAGGAAUGUGGAAUAUUGUGGGUGUUCCCAUGGUGGUAACUAAGUGGACUCCAAAAUCGGAAGAGGAGAAACAGGAGGAAAAUGAGAUUCCGAUGUGGGUGCAUCUUAGGAAGGUACCUCUACAUAUGUAUUCAUGGCAAGGCAUCAGUUUCAUGACCAGUACCGUGGGACUUCCUGAUAAACUGCACCCGGAGACGCUUGCGUGUACAAACUUGGAGGUGGCAAAAGUUUUCGUCAACGUUGAUAUCUCAAAGACAUUACCUAAAGAGAUUGAGUUUUCAAAAGAUGGAAAGGAAUUUACAGUAGAGUUUCACUACCCUUGGUUGCCAGCGAAGUGUAAACUGUGUGAGAAAUGGGGCCAUACAGAAAGAGUCUGUGUGAGGAAUGGUAAGGAGAAGAAGAAAAAGGAGGUUGUGGUUGAUUUGAAGAGUGACAGUGAUGAUAAGGGUAAACAUGUGGAGAAGGAGGUUACUGAGGAGGUUCUGCAAGAGGUAGAUUGUAAUAAAGAGGCAGGAGAGGUUUUGGGGGCUCUAGAGGACUCAAAUUGGUCCACGGUUCCUUCAGAAAAAGUGGGUAGAUUUUCUCCGGGGCAUGUGUCUGUUGUUCAGAUCUCUGCAUCAAAAUACUCGGUACUAGCAGUUGAUGAUCAGAAGGAGGGUGAAACAGAAAUGGAGGAGGGUGAGAUAGCUAUAGAUGAUCAGGAGGAUAUUGAAGAGGAGACAAUGGAGAUGUGUGAGCUGUCGAUAAGAUCUGAAGAAGACCAGUUAGAGGAUGACAUAUUAGAGCAUCAGAGUAGAGGAAAAGACAAAGGGGCGAUGAAGAAAGGGUUGAAAAGGGGGCCGAAGCUUAAAGCUCAGGAUGUAAAUCCUGCUAAGAGCACAAGGCCUUCUCGGAAAAAAAAACUAAUAUGUCGUGCUUCUUCUGGAAUGUGA